AGAACCUUUGCCCUUUUCCAUAGCCUAUAUAAAUCAACCACUCACCAUAUUGUUCAAAAGAUCGACUAACAUAAAAAACAUAUAACUUCUUGGGUUUUUUAGAGUUCGAAACUUUGAAAAUUUUUCUUUUUUUGUCAUUGGUUGCUGUUGAAUCGAAGUAGAAAGAGCAAAAGAAGAAAAUGGGAGUUAGAGAGAAAGAUCCGUUAGCCCAAUUGAGUUUGCCUCCGGGUUUUAGAUUUUAUCCGACAGAUGAAGAGCUUCUUGUUCAGUAUCUUUGUCGGAAAGUUGCAGGCUAUCAUUUCUCUCUCCAGGUCAUCGGAGACAUCGAUCUCUACAAGUUCGAUCCUUGGGAUUUGCCAAGUAAAGCCUUGUUUGGAGAAAAGGAAUGGUAUUUUUUCAGCCCAAGAGAUCGGAAAUAUCCGAACGGGUCAAGACCCAAUAGAGUAGCCGGGUCGGGUUAUUGGAAAGCCACGGGUACCGACAAGAUUAUCACGUCGGAUGGUCGCCGUGUCGGGAUUAAAAAAGCUCUGGUUUUUUACGCCGGAAAAGCUCCCAAAGGCACCAAAACAAACUGGAUUAUGCACGAGUAUCGCUUAAUCGAGCAUUCUCGUAGCCAUGGAAGCUCCAAGUUGGAUGAUUGGGUGUUGUGUCGGAUUUACAAGAAAACAUCAGGAUCUCAGAGACAAGCUGUUGCUGCUACUACUCCGGUUCAAGCUUGUCGUGAAGAGCAUAGCACUAAUGGGUCGUCUUCGUCUUCGUCGUCUCAGCUUGACGACGUUCUUGAUUCGUUCCCGGAGAUAAAAGACCAGUCUUUUCAUUUGCCUCGGAUGAAUUCGCUUAGGACGCUUCUUAACGGGAACUUCGAUUGGGCUAGCUUGGCAGGUCUUAACCCAAUCCCGGAGCUAGCUCCGACCAACGGAUUACCGAGUUACGGUGGUUACGACUCGUUUAGAGCGGCGGAGGGAGAGGCGGAGAGUGGUUUGAGGAACUCGCAUGUGGAUAACUCUGGCGGGUUGACUCAGAGUUUCGGGUACAGCUCGAGCGGGUUUGGUGUUUCGGGUCAAACAUUCGAGUUUAGGCAGUGAGAGAGAUGUAAUUACUAAUUACUGUGAUUGGUGAUUCAUUCAGAUGGGUUAAAAAAGUAAAAAGGUUAAAAAAAAUCCUUGGGGAUGUGGGUAGAGUACUGGCAAUUGAUGUAAAUAAAAUAGGGAUUUAUAAUAGGCUUUUAACCGAUUCGGUGAGGCUUAGUUUGAUCCAACUUUUUUUGAUGGGCUGCAAAAGUGUGUAAUGUUUUCUCAGAUUAGAUUAUUAUUUCUCUAACGGAGAAAAAGAAUAAAAUGGUUACGAUCGAAUGUUA